CCGUGUCUCAAUUUUAGCGCCUAACGUGGAAGUCUUCAGAGCUCCCAAACAACUGAAGUACCCGCGGUUUCUCAACAUAAAUGCGAUUGAAUGUUUUAAACUGAGCUCAAAGUGCUUUGCGCACUAUUUAAACUUUUUAUCAGAUACGAUGUUCAGUUCUUUGUUUUUUUGUCCUGCUUUUUGAAGGAAAGACCACCAACCGCUUUGCAGAUGGAAGCAGCACCGAAUGUAACGUUACAGAAAACCAUCCAGAAGAAUGUUGAAACGAACAAGUGCAAAAACAAAAUCCCCAGGGAUGUUGAGAUGGAUAUUGAAUACCUCUAUGAAGUCCUUCCACAGCUUUCUCAAAUCUUUCGUAUCAUAGAUAAAAUCGGAGAAGGCACUUUUAGCUCUGUAUACCUGGCAGAAGCGCAGAUGACUGAUGGUUUAACAAGAAAGUUUGCUUUAAAGCAUUUAAUCCCCACCAGUCAUCCUAUGCGCAUAGCUGCUGAACUCCAGUGCCUAACUGUUGUUGGAGGUACAGAAAAUGUGAUGGGGGUCACUUACUGCUUCAGGAAAGAGCAUCACGUGGUCAUUGUUAUGCCAUACAUGGAGCAUCAAGCUAUUGUGGAUAUUGUUGGCUCUUUGACGUUUGAGGAAGUGAGGCAUUACAUCUUCCACCUUCUCAAAGCUCUGAGGCACAUACAUAACUUUGGCAUCAUCCAUCGAGACAUCAAGCCAACCAAUUUCCUGUUUAAUCGACAGACGAAGGAGUAUGCUCUUGUUGAUUUUGGUCUGGCACAAGGUACUCCAGAUACCCAGAUAGAACUGCUAAAGGUGGUGAAAUCAAAGUCUUAUAAAGGUGGUGGUUCUUUACGAAUGGUGGAGGAUUCACUUGGGAAACAGAAACUUGUGCCUUUACCACCCAACACCAGAAACCCUGCUGUCCACUCCAGCACUAAAGCACCAGUUAAAAGAUCCUGCCCACCCUCACACAUUAAACACACCAAGGAACUGUUGGCACUUAAGGCAUCACGGUCUGUAUUUGGGGAAAGAAACUUAAACAGCACAAACUCUCAUAAACCCGGCAGUGAGAAAGUUGAGGGUCAGAUGUUAAAGCAGAACAAGGAUGAAGUAGUUCCACGCAAGAUUGUUUUCACAAAACGCCGUUUGGUCUCUGUGAAAACUGCACUGAAUGAUCAGAAGCAGAAAGAUCCUCCAAUGAUUUCGACACCGAGUGCUCAGAAGCCCAAACCCUCCGCUGUCAGCCAGUCACUCACCUGCAGCUGCUACAUGACUGACCGUGUCUGCAACGUCUGCCUGUCUAGGAAACAGCAGGUGGCUCCUAGGGCUGGUACCCCAGGCUUUAGGGCUCCUGAAGUACUGACAAAGUGCCCCAACCAGGGAACAGCUAUUGACAUGUGGUCUGCAGGUGUUAUUUUACUGUCACUGCUGAGUGGCAGGUAUCCGUUCUUCAAAGCCAGUGAUGAUCUGAUUGCUCUUGCUCAGAUCAUGACCAUUCGAGGAUCUAAAGAAACAUCAGAGGCUGCCAAUAAGUUUGGUAAAUCUAUUGUGUGCAGUCAGGAGCUCCCUCGACUGGACUUGAGGAUCCUCUGUGAGACACUAAGAGGUUUGCGUUCAUGUGAUAAUGGAUCAAUUCCUGCUGAGUUUCUAGUCUCGCAUCACCCAGGAGAUGUCAAAAGUGAUGUAGGAAGCCCAGCUAAUAAACCAAUGAGCUGCUCCGGCUCACUCAAAAGCAGUGCGGAGCUGCAGGAGAUGGGCUGGUACAAUGUGCCCGAUGAAGUAUAUGAUCUCUUGGAUAAACUCUUAGAUUUAAACCCAGCAACAAGGAUAACAGCCUCUAUGGCACUGCAGCAUCCACUUUUUAAGGACAUGAAUGAUUUAGUUAUGUGAAACCUGCUUUUUUUGUAACUAUGCUGUACAACGUUAAUUUGUAUUUGUUUCACUUUUGAUAAUCAGAUUUAUAGUAAGUUAAUUGUUUAUCCUGUAAAUAUUUUCACAGCUUAAUAAUUUCUUUCCAGACGUUAGUGAUAUAGGGCAUAAAACUUCAUCUGGGAAA